AUGGACCACAUAAACACGCGCAACAAUAGCUUGCCCAUGGAAGCAGCACAAUCCCGACCCGCAAUGGUCGAUGAUAUGAUCCACUGGCUUUGGUACGAUGGCUUCUAUCGUGGUGUCGUGGGAUGGGUGAAUUAUUGGCCCAUAGAUGAGUUAUUCAACAACCCUCAGCCAGCGCCAGGGCUCCAUGGCUUUGACUAUGAAGAUGGCUCUGACCAAUUCGACAUGCGGGACUUCGAUUUCAACGCGGCGCUGGGAGAGGUGGCAAAAGAAACGGCUUUCAGGGAAUAUGUUAAAAGAAUGAUCAGAAGACACAGACAACUUCUUCCCGCAGCAAUCGAUGAGAUUGAUCGUAGGUUGCUAAGGGAAGGAGUCUCACAGCAGGAAGUGAAUGAUCUUACUACGGGAGCUGCAUCCGACGCGUAUGGGAAGUUGGCAAGGCUUGAGGAAGCCCGCCGUCCGUUUCGGAUGCCGGAAAGAGUACAGUUUCGCGUCAUUUCUGAUCUUCCUGGUCGUGAAUGGUUACCGUCUGACUUGUACCUGGAACAUACCUGCAACCUAACGGAUCUGGUGGACGCAAUACAGCGCCAUAGGCUGAUCCGAUACUACCCUGCUAGACAGAUCGGAUGGACAACAGAUGAAAACAGGGGAGUGAACAAUUAUAGUAGCCUGUCCGAUGAUACGAAUGAUGGGACCAGGCGAAAAAUGCUGGCGUACAAGCUAAUCCCUACGGACAACGAAAGCACUUGGGUAGCACAAAACACAGACGGAUGGGACACAAUCUCUGACGACAGCGUCUUUGUGAAAAUGAUGGGAGAAUUGCAACAGGAUGAAACAAAGAUAGCAGCAAUAUGCCAUGAAUCGACACUGGAAAAUAUAAGACAAAAACAGGAGCAAAGCUUAGCCAUAUUCCCGGAGGAUUUCAGGCUACUCAAGCCGGAGGAUAUGGAUUUAGAUCUCGCGGCGACGUUUGAGUUUGCGACGGAGGCCUGGGAAGAGGUGGAAGGGUGCACACCGUUCCCUCCAGAUUUUGACUGGAGUCGACUGGAAAAUGGGAGAAUUAAGAACCCAGACGGAACGCUGCCCAGCACGGACGAUGAGCUGUGA